AUGACGAUGAAGGUGCUGCUUAUCUGCAUGGCAAGUUGCCUCCUGGUGGUGGAUGGCGGAGACCUCAUCAAUCGCUGUGCCUUGGCCAAGAUAUUGCAUGAGGAGGAUUUGGAUGGGUUUGAGGGCUACUCCCUGACCGACUGGCUGUGCUUGGCUUUUGUGGAAAGCAACUUCAACAUGUCAAAGGUGAAUGAGAACGCAGACGGCAGCUUCGACUAUGGCGUCUUCCAGAUCAACAGUCAUUACUGGUGCAAUGACUACCUGAGCCAUUCAGAGAACUUCUGCCAUGUAGACUGUCAAGAUCUGCUGGGUCCCAACCUCCUUCCAUCUAUCCACUGUGCAAAAAAGAUUGUGUCUGGAUCAGGAGGGAUGAGAAACUGGAUUGAAUGGAGGCUGCAUUGUUCAGAACGGCCGCUCUCCUAUUGGAUGACAGGAUGCCAUCUGGGAUGA